GCAUCCUGGGAGGUGUGGUCUGGGCGCGGUGCCGAGGAUUCGGGGUAGUGUAGUCCCGGUGCCCCGUUGGAAGAGCUCCCCAGCUGGUGGCUGGAGCGACCCCUUGUUCUUUGGUGGCGCUGAUCCGUUCCUGAUGCCAUUAAGUAAGAGGAGGUGCUGCGCUGCUGGAGUUUGAAGAUUUCCCUUGAUUUUCUUGAACGCUUUUUGUUCUUGUUCUGCCCCCCCGUGGCUCCUGCCUGCCCAGAGAGGACUGCCUGCUGGGGAGAGGGGAUACUCCUGAGCUCCUGACAGCCCAGCUUCAGAUCUACCUUCUGAGAUAUCAUCCUUCUUUAGGGAGACAAGGAAAAAAGGCCACAGGGUCCUGGAGAGCCAGGGGAAUGGCACACAUGGCAUUCAGGGAUGUGGCUGUAGAUUUCACCCAGGAUGAGUGGAGGCUGCUGAGCCCUGCUCAAAGGACUCUGUACAGAGAGGUGAUGCUGGAGAACUACAGCAACCUGGUCUCACUGGGAAUUUCAUUUUCUAAACCAGAAAUCAUCACCCAACUGGAGCAAGGGAAAGAGACCUGGAGAGAGGAGAAAAAAUGCCCACCAGCCACCUGUCCAGGUGAUUUCACUCUUGUUACCCAGGCUGGAGUGCAAUGGCGCGAUCUCGGCUCACCGCAACCUCCGCCUCCUGGGUUCAGGCAAUUCUCCUGCCUCAGCCUCCUGAGUAGCUGGGAUUACAGGCACGCGCCACCAUGCCCAGCUAAUGUUUUGUACUUUAGUAGAGACGGGGUUUCACCAUGUUGACCAGGAUGGUCUCAAUCUCUUGACCUCGUGAUCCACCCGCCUCGGCCUCCCAAAGUGCUGGGAUUACAGGCUUGAGCCACCACACCCGGCUUAGUAUUUAUUCUUAUAAUGAUUUCCUAAUAGAGAUCAUAGAUAUUGAAAAACAACAUUAUCAGUCUUAAGUUAAAAAUUGCCUGAAAAAUAUGCUGUAUCUGGUAUUUACUUUGAGUAAAGUAAUUGUAGAUUCACAUAAUUUCUGGCACUAUCUGUAAAUUAUAAGAUAUUAGUUGGACACAUAUAUCUAUAUAUGCCUAAUCUUAAAUAUUUAUGAAUGCAAUGUUAGCCUAUCUGAUGUUUAAAAUCAGUAUAGGUUGAGUAUCCCUUAUCCAAAAUGCUUAGGACCAUAAGUAUUUCAGAUUGUGGGUUUUUGUUUGUUUGGUUUGCAAUUUGGAAUAUUACCAUAUACAUAAUAAAGUAUCUUGGGUAUAAGACCCAAGUCUAAACAGGAAUUUCAUUUAUGAUUGUUGUAUACCUUAUACACUUAGCCUGAAGAUAAUUAUAUUUUUCCUUGAGGGUGGUGAAUAAACUGAGUUCGUGUGCCUGUGUUUUGACUGCACCCAGUCACCUGAGAUCAGAUGUGGAAUUUUCUACUUGUGGCUGCAUGUUGGUGCUUAAAGAUUUUCAGAUUUUGGAACUUUGAAGAUUGGGGAUGCUGAACCUAUGUAUUAGUCUUGGAAGUUUAGUUAAACUUUCUUUGAGUUUCAUAUGAACCAAGUUUUAUAUCACUAGAAUAUUAUGCUAAUGUUAUAUUUACACUGAUAAAAUAAGGGAGAAGACAUUACAUUUGUCUCAUUUACAGGCUUUAUCUUAUUUUGAAAUAUUGAUUUCCCCCCUUUACAGUUAGCUGUAUACCAGCUAGUAAGGUUGUUUACAUAUUGUACUAGAAAAGCCCUGAGUGCCUCACAUUUCUUUCUUAUAGUGUGACCGAACAACCAAGGCACCUGGCUCAUACCACAGUUAAACUUUCUUCUUCAGAGCCAGAGCUGCAGCUGCGGCAAGAAAGAUUUUCUUCAGAAACUGGCAUAUUUCUUUCUUUCUUUUCUUUUUUUUUUUUUUUUCUUUUUAUUUAAAU